AAAAUAACUAAGUGAUAAAAUUAUUUUUAAUACCUAUCACUUUUAUAAAUAUUCUAAUAAGUUUGUUUACAUUUUACGCAGUUUUAUGAAGAAAACUCGUGUUAUAAAUUGUGUUGUUUGAGUGCUAGUGUGCAAUGGACAGUGCUCUUAUCGUUUCCUCGUGGAAUUAUUUGUACCACCAGUCUAGGAACGCCUUCAUACGUUCUUGGGAUCUCCCCAACGGAUGGUUGUAUAAUAUCCGUAAACCAUUCAAGGGUGAGAGUACAGAUGUGUCUAAUGUGGAAUAUAACCCGUGGCCGUCUUUCACGUAUACUGGGAAGCUGAGGCCGUUCCCGCCGGGGCCGAAGCGCACGGUCCCGCCGCACAUUGGCCGUCCCGACUAUGCUGAUCACCCGACCGGGUUCCCCGCGUCUGAGAACGCCGCGAAGGGCUCCGGACAGAUCAAAGUACUGGAUGAUGAGGAGAUCGAAGGCAUGCGCGUCGCUUGUCGCCUCGGCAGGGAGGUGCUGGACGAGGCUGCCAGAGUAUGUGAUGUGGGAGUGACUACAGAGGAAAUAGACCGCAUCGUCCACGAGGCGUGCAUUGAACGGGAGUGCUAUCCCAGUCCCCUGAACUAUCACAACUUCCCCAACAGCUGUUGCACCUCCGUCAAUGAGGUUAUCUGCCAUGGAAUACCAGAUUUACGUCCUCUGGAGGAUGGUGACAUCUGCAAUGUGGAUGUAACAGUUUAUCACCGAGAGUUCCAUGGUGAUCUGAACGAGACAUUCUUCGUUGGCAACGUACCAGAAUCAAGCAGGAAGCUUGUUCAAGUCACGUACGAGUGCUUAGCUAAAGCAAUCGAGAUUGUCAAGCCUGGAGAAAAGUACAGGGAAAUUGGCAAUGUUAUCCAGAAGCAUGCUCAAGCAAACGGACUGAGUGUUGUGCGGUCCUAUUGCGGUCAUGGUAUACAUAGGCUGUUCCACACUACGCCUAAUGUGCCCCAUUAUGCCAAAAACAAAGCGAUUGGUGUGAUGAAGCCAGGACACUGCUUCACCAUUGAGCCGAUGAUCAACGAGGGCGGGUGGCGUGACGAGCAGUGGCCUGAUCACUGGACCGCCGUCACUGCUGACGGCAGCCGCUCUGCUCAGUUUGAACAAACUCUGCUGGUAACAGAGACGGGCUGUGACAUCCUGACACAACGCUCAACUGGCAGACCGUGGUUCAUGGACCAACUCGAGAAACUCAACGCCAAAUCUUAGGGACCACUGCCCAGGUCAAUAAACCCAUUCAAUUUUAUGCCCCACUUAAGGCUCGGUUCAAAAUAAAUCAAGUAAAUUUUGGUCUAAGAGUUAAACAUUACUUUUCUGAGUAAAGACUGCUGUAGUUACUGUAAAAUUGAAUAACAUCUUUGAUAUAAAAUGUUUUGAUAGUACAUCUAAAAUGCAAAAUAUAACCAACCAACCCAAAUUAUUCUAGACAUAUAAAUAAGUAUUACCAUGGUUGUUUUCAUGCAUUUGUAUAGCAACAUUUUCAUAAAUAUGUCACUGAUAUAGAAUGAUAGAAAAUAAUAUAGUGCUGAGUUUUUUAAAUAGCCUACAGAAUAAGUAGACUAUUGUAAUCCAGUCAGUCUAUGUGUAAAAUACUGUGCUGUGCAAUAUUGACAACUUAGCCUUGGAUACAUAUUGUAGGAUAGUAAAAAUAAAUUGAAACAACUUUAGGUGGACUUUGCAUGAACGUGUCUCAGAGUUUGAGACAUGGUAUAUACAUAUUUUCAGCUUUAAUUUGGCAUGCAGAUACUCACACGUGUAUUUGAGCUGCACCUGGUAUAUAAGACAUUGGAUUUACUUUUUCGUGUUUGGCCGGAUCUUUCUGGUUUUACUCAUAUCCAGUGUCUAUCAAAUUGUCUGUUGAAAUUAAUUUAUUCACUUUUCUUUGAAACAUCACAUGCAAAUCUGACUGACCUACCUAUGACUGAAAUUCGAAAAGUGCACUUAAUGUACAUUUCAGGGUCAUUUUAUAAUGAUUUUGCAUUAUUCAUGUCUCAAAUGCUAAGACUGUCCAUUGUAAAAUGCAAGUAUUUUUUGUAAGUUAUUUGUACAGAUUUCGGGCAAUUAUUUUAAAAAUGUUUUAUUUGUAAGCAAUUCAUAUUUAGCGUAACUUGCUACGAUUGGUUCUACCUAGACUAUGUAGGAACAUUUAUGAAUAAACUCCCUUUAUUGUAAAGAGGAAUAUGAAAUGCUAAUUGUAUUCUAAAAGAUUUUAAUGGUGUCCAACAGGUAGUACUCAAAAUUAAUUUUAGAAAAUAGACAUGCUAUACUGUACAAACAUUUAACAUAUUAAAAUGUGUUGAUAAUCAUCAAUAUUCAAACCCAAUGCAAAUAUUAUUAUCCCAUUUGUUCAGGGCUGCCAUUCAUACAAUUCUAAUGUAAUUUGUAUAUGGCAAACUUAGGCGCCUACCACAAGCGCGAUCUUCGUUCUGCGUAGCCGAACUGUGAAGAGACUUGCACAUGUGGUAGGCGUUUUAGAUAAAGUCGACCCAAGAUUGCAAGUGAAUCGGUAUUAUAGUAAAUAAUACCACUAAUUAAGGUUGCUUCUCUAUUUGAUUUAAAUUUCCUAAUGUGCAAUUAUUUGCAUACAUUUUAUAGUUUUUAUCUUGGUGUACAAUGGUUAAGACCAGAAGUGGACGAGAAUCGUCGUUAAACCAAAUUUACAAUAAAGUUUAUGAGAAAUGGAAUUUUGUAAAUUGUAAUAGCGAUAAAUGAUACAAUAAAGAAAACUGUAAAGUUA